UUUCUCCCUCAGAGUUUUUUAACCGUCAUCACACUACAUACCAUGUUGCGUACUACUUUUAAUGCCCUUAGCCGAUCUACUCAAAGCAUUCAUAAACCUUUGAGCUUGUCUGGUGCUCGUUUCUAUCACGAAAAGGUUAUUGAUCAUUACGAACGACCGCGCAAUGUUGGUUCAUUCCCAAAGACGGAUAUCGAUGUUGGUACUGGACUUGUGGGAGCUCCUGCGUGCGGUGAUGUGAUGAAAUUGCAAAUUAAAGUGGACGAGGAAAGCGGCAAGAUUGUCGAUGUCAAGUUCAAGACGUUUGGCUGUGGUUCAGCCAUUGCUUCCAGCAGCUUCAUGACCGAACGCGUGAGAGGCAUGACCUUGGAACAGGCCGGUCAAAUCAAGAAUACCGAAAUCGCAAAGGAAUUGUGCUUACCUCCCGUGAAAUUGCAUUGUUCCAUGUUGGCUGAAGAUGCUAUUAAAUCGGCUAUCAAAGAUUAUCACAGCAAGCGCAGCAAGAGAAUGGGAGGACAACCCGCCGCCGCAGCAUCGAGCGGUCAAGCACAGCAGGCCACCGCAUAAAAAAAAACCUGAAUAAUCUCACAGAAUAUUUAUGGAAAGAUAGGCCGACUGGAUAUAUUGAGUUCAUAUUCAACCAUCAUCAUCUUUCCUUAUAUCCUUAAAAUUCAUAUGAAGAAAAAAGAGUUGGAUUGCUUUUUUCCCGAUGCCACUCUUUUUUUUUAUGUUCAUCCCCUCUUAUUGUAAAUAACUCGCUUUUUUCUCAAGAAGAAAAGAAAGACAACAGAAACUUUUUUUUUAAUAAAAUUUCAAAAGCAUGGCAACAAAAGCAGAAGUCAUAGUUGGC